AAGACAAUGCAUUGAAUGGAAGGUCUGUUCUGUUCAGGAAUCAUGGAUGUUAUUUUCAAGGUAGAUGGCGCUACAGGAGUACGGCGCAUGUUCUAUGCAGUAACGCCAAAUGAAACAUCAUUUGAAACACUGGAUGAAGUUCCCAAGUAUAUUGUUGAGGCAGCCCCAUUCUUUAUGAUCUCUGUGAUAAUUGAAGAGAUCUACCUGAGAUACCAAGAUGGCGGAAAGGAAGACAGAUUUGCAGAUGGCAUUACAUCCAUGAUCGCUGGCAUGUUCAUGAUUAUUACAGGGUUAUUCACCAAGGCUAUGGAGCUAGGUAUCUAUGUCUACGUUUUUGAGAACUUCUGCAUCUAUGAGCUUCCAUGGGAUAGCCCUUGGACUUGGUUCUUCAGCUUUUUUGGUAUCGAUCUUGGGUAUUACUGGUUGCAUCGAAUGUUGCAUGAAGUGAAUAUCAUGUGGGCAGCUCAUCAAGUUCAUCACAGCUCAGAAGAAUACAACCUAUCAACAGCUCUCAGGCAAUCUAUCUUCCAAAGAUGCUUUAGCUGGAUGUUUUACAUUCCAUUGGCUUUCAUACUACCACCUUCUUCAAUGUUUGUGCAUAUGCAAUUCAACACACUCUAUCAAUUCUGGAUACACACCGAGCUUAUCAGGAGUCUUGGACCAUUGGAAUACAUUCUGAACACACCUAGUCAUCAUCGUGUUCACCAUGGUCGCAACAGAUAUUGUAUUGAUAAGAAUUAUGCUGGAACCUUGAUCAUCUGGGACAGAAUAUUUGGGACAUUUGAGGCAGAAGAUGAUAGAGUUGCCUAUGGAUUGGUCCAUCCUCUCAAAACAUACAAUCCUAUCUCUAUUCAGAUUUGUCAUCUUCGAUGGAUGUGGAGCGUGUUUUGGUCCACCCCUGGUCUGAUGAACAAGGUCUUUGUUAUCUUCAAGGGACCAGGUUGGCAACCAGGAAAACCAAGGACUGGACUCAUCAAAGAUAUACCUGAUGUGCGUGGACCUGAACCAAACAAGUACAGGACUGCAAUCCCAGGAUGGCUGAGGGGAUAUAUCUUGUUUCAUGUCGUCAUCAACCUUCUUCUCUAUCAACUCUUUUUGGACAAAGCCAAGACACUAUCCCAGCUUCCCGUCAUCGUGGGCUUGUUGUACCAGAUCUAUACCUUCACUUGUUUCGGAAUGCUUUGUGACCUCAAACCAUGGUGGAAUGUACUAGCUGAGAUGGUACGAUGUGCAGUGGUCUUUGCCGUGACUUCCUUAGCUAUUUACCAGGAUGUCGGAGCUGGUAACGCUCUUCUCUUUCUCCAGGUGACCUAUGGCCUCUCUGUGCUCUUCUGGUUCCUACGCCCUGGAUCUCUCAGUGGCAUGGAGAAACUCAAGUCGGUUUAGGGUAUCCCAUUUCAUGAUUGAUAUCCUAUUUUUUAAGUUGAUGAAUUUUAUAAGUUUCUAAAUUUAUACAGGGAAGCCCCCAGCAAUGAAAUCAUUACCUUAAGCAUUCCAAACGGAAUCUAGAUGUAUUACACAUUCUUUGUAGUGACUUUGCUGAGUGGUCAGUUUCCUACACUACUGGGUAGCAUUUCACAAAACCAUCACAAGUGCAAGUUAGCAGGCAUCCAAACAGGUUUCUCAGUAGGAUGUUGGCAAACUUGUACUUGUGAUGGUUUUUUGAAAUGAUGCCCUGAUUCCCAAAUUACAAGCAUGGACCAAACACUCCACCUCCUCCGAACCCUAAACCUAACCUGAAAUCCAAUUACAACUACAACUUGAAAUUUUAUGAAUUGUUCUAAAUGAAGAGAUGAAGGAAAAUGAAAUGAUUGAUCAAUUGAAAUACACAGGGUAAAAUAAAGUAUAAUCUUUACAUUCAUGUAACUUAGGUGAUCUUAUUCCUUGGGAGUCAUGCAUUCCACAUGUAAUCCUUUAGCUCAGUAAAGUUUUAUUCACAGCCCUAAAAAAAUAUACUAGAUUCAUUAUAAGAGAGGGCAAAAAUGUUUGCAUAUAUUUUUUAUUAUGUAUAUCAAAAUAAAAAU